CUUGAAAACCGCACCAGGAGUGUAGAGAAUACUUGUUCAGAGGUUCCAAUUAUCAGAAAUAGAUCGAUAAUCAGCGGGGGACACCGAACCUUACGGAAGCUGCAGAGGAAGAUGACUAAUUAUGGGAAAUGCAUUAACUUGAUAGUCCAUCUUUUGAACAAAUAUAAUGCGGAAAAUCAGAGUCUUGAACAUUUCUUGGAAGACUCGGCGGAAAACUUGCAGGAACUUAAUGACACCGAAGAAGAGUUUGUUCUUGAAGUGCUCUCUGGAUGUGUACAGUACAGAGAUCUGUUGGACAUCGUUGUUGACGCUUUCUAUGCCAGAGAUGGGAAGAAUUCUUUAAAGUCAGAGCACUCUUUGUAUCUUGCGUUCUGUUACAUCACCACGUUUAAACUAGAAGAAUUUGGCAUUCAGCUCUUCAGUAGAAUCAUUAGGAGCCAAGAUGUUCCCAAGAUGGGCAAGUUUCUUAGGUUCUUCCUCGAUCACCUGAACCUGAACACAUGGAUAAAAGAUGAAUGGAGUCAGAUAUAUGAUUCAAAUUACGUCAAGGAAAAUUGGAUCAUUCCUUUGCUAAACUGGCAACCUGAAAUCCUGGAUGUAAUAGAUGGCCUUGAAAGUAAGUCAGUAACUGGUUCUACUCCAGUGAAAUCAUCAAAAGUAACAGAAGUGAAAGAGUUCAAUUUAACGAAGCCCAAACCAAGAACCAUCCCAGUGCCGCAGAGAAUUCCAUCCCAGAAACCUCAUCAGCCGGUUCCUGAGAGUACCUACAAAACCCCAAAAGAGCAGGAAAUACUUCAAGAGAAAAAACAAAAAAAUCGCCAGAAAGCGGAGGAGCUCCUGAUAGAAGCAAAUGUGGCACAGUUUAAGUGUGCUAAUGCAGAGAAAUCAGAGAAAACCAAGCGUGUUUUGUCAGAAAUAAUGAAAGAAGACGAUAAUAAACUGGCUUUUAAUAAAACAAAAGCUCAGCAAGUGUCGAUAAAGAAGAUGGACAAUGUACCAGUAAAACUGAAUGCCACAGCGAUAUUACGGGGAGGGCGCUCUCUACCAGCGGCAGGUGGAAAAAGAACUACGCAGGAUUGAGAAGCUGGUGGAUGGGGCCCGGGACCCCAGUGAGUUUCUGGAAUGGCAGCGACAAAUGCGGGAGAAGGACCUGGAACAUCAGCUGGCUGAGAUUGAGUGCCGGCGGCUGGAAGGGAAGCUGAGCCGAGAGGAAGCUGUUCUAGCCCGGCAGAACCUCAUCCAGGAGAACAAGAAGAAGGCCGUGAUGAAGAAAGAGGAGGCACAGAAGCUGAUGCGCCAGUAUGCAGAGAAACGCCUACAGGAAGAGAGGGAGAUGAGAGACUUGGUAGAACAAGUGUCCGAGGGGCGCAAAAAUACCAAACAAGCACGCUUGAAACUCCAGAGAUACAAGCAAAGAAUAGUGCAAGAGGUGACAGAGGAGAGCCGGGAGCUAUUACGACAAGCUCUGGAGGAGGCUGAAGAGGAACUGAAGAAAAAAUUUGAGUUGAUCCGUGAGAUUCGAGCCAUGGAGUCAGUGCCGAUCAUCAGACACAAGUUUGUGGAUUUAACAGAGACUGCAGGAUAUCGGCUGAACUGUGAGAUGUCCAUAGCAGAGCUCCAUGAACGUCUGUCCCUGCUGAAGGAGGCUCAGAGGAAAGCAGAGGAGGAGAAGAGGGAUCAGAUCCUGGAGGAGAAGCAGACCAAACAGCAGCUCCUUCUGGACACCUUGGAGCAGAUCUCACUGCACAGGGCAGCUAUGGGGAAAGCAGCUCUUCUCAGGUUAGUGCAAUGCCUUGACCUUUCUCAAAUGGAUAUAAUAUUGAUUAUGCAAAAUGGGUCUGAUUCAUAUACCCAGGGCUUGAACAACUGA